AUUGAUUAAAUUCUAUAUUAUAUGUGAAUAUAAUAGUGUUGUGACAAACAUAAUGUCAGAAUUGCAGGCAAUUAUAGAAUAUUCCAUACAAUUGAAUAAAUUCGUUAAUAUAGACCUUUUUCAACGCGGUUACUAUCAAAUACGAGUGUCUCUAAAGCUGUUAAACUGCAAACAAACCCAUAAGAUUGAAGUCAGUAUCAGCGAUAAGAAGACUCAUACGUGUCAUACAUCUCAAGCCACUUCUUCGUCAACCGACGAGUCCAACGAUGUCUGUCCACCUCAAGAGCCAAACAUAGUGUUUCCUCAAUGUAUUGUUAAUGGAUGUGCGGUCAGCAAAACAUUUCAAAUAUUGUAUAAGAAUGAAGAAGUACUUCUCGAUGAUUACGUCUCCUUUAAAGUCAAUUUGAUUGUCGACUCAAAGGACUGCUUAAAACAGGUCCGCAAAACAAACUUUGUCUUAGAUGUUGAGCUGUGGUUCACUGAUCAAGAGUUUGGUGCCGAUCACCACAACUCAAUUGAAUGCGUGUCUUCACGACAACUGAUUCUCCACUUUGAUAUAUGUCGUGGUCUUCAUUAUUAUCUUCCAGUAAUGUUUGAUUAUUUUCAUUUAUCUGCACUCAAUCUUGCAAUUCAUGGAUCAUUGCUUACACUUUGUCAACCAUACAUCAGUACGAAGAGUUCAAAAUCGGACAAAAAGUUUGGUAAUUCAGUUCACGCGACGCCAAUCAAUAGCUGUAACUUUGGUUACGAAUCCAUUCUUAACAAUCCAUCCAAUAGUAGUAAUAAUAAAUCUAACGAUGAGAUUAAAGAAAUCCGUUAUAGAAGAGCACAACUGAUCCAUUGGAGACUUACUGCCAUAUUAUUGUCAUCCAUACAGAGCUUAAAACGUAAAACAGAUGAAUACUAUGGUCUAUUGGCUCCGUGGCAACAGAUCCGAUGCAAACAGCAACCAAUCACUCCUAGUAUUGAUAAUCUGAGUAAAUUGGCUCAAGAAUGCUAUAAAUCGAUUCUCAUCAACGAAUCGAAUCCAUCCAAUGAUUUCAUAUCAUUUCAAAACGAUUUAUUCAUUAUAAACGACUCAAUAAAACCCGAAGACUUUAUAUCGACAGUCGAGAGCGAUAUGGCCUACCUCUGCGGUGUAGCCAUACUUUUGUGGCAACAAUUCUUGACUGUAGUCUACAGUUCCGACCGAAUCAAUCAACAUCUUUCUAAAGUACAUCACUCGCAACGGAUUAAGAGAUUCUCUGAAGCCUUCUUUUGCAUUGAAAAAAACAAAAAGAAUUUACACUCUAUUUGUGACAAUAAUACUACUCUUUUCAAUGAAAUCAGUGAACAGAUCCGAAAGUCACCAUAUCUUUCAUUAUUACCUCCUUGUGAUGUCGAGUGUGUGGCACUCGAUGGCGAUUCAACAACACUUCCCAUUAUAUAUGAAGAGAAGUUUGACUCAGAAGUGACUGCAAAUAGGAUCUCAACACUCAGUAGUUUGUAUUUUGACGACACUUUUGAUAAUAUAUUGAAAUUAAACGGCGAGACCUCGACUACAGUCAAGCGUAAUAUGAGAGAGAAAAUAUUAAAUAACAUUUCAAAACUUAAUUUUGGUACUUAUGGUAAACUCAAGGAAGAGUAUAGCCCUAUAACUACUAGAGCUUCAAUGACUAACUUAUCUCCAACUGGAGAUAUGUCUCCAAAAAUUAUGUCCACAAAUACAAUCAAGAAUGUAACUAAAGAAUCGGUGACUUUAGUUAGUUAUAAAAAUAUUGAUAAUUCAGAUAAUAAUAGUGAAUCUAAUACUAAGUCAACAAAUGUUUCAAUCAAUAACUUUACAAACGAGUCAAUGAUUUCUAACUCCUAUUCAAUGAAUAACAUAAAGUCACAAAUUGGCAAAAGAAUGGUUAACAGCGAGUCUUUACCUGAUUUAAGUACAAAUGAAGUGUUUCUUAACAUUAAAAAGCAAAUAUUUUUGCACCAAUCAAGCCAUACACCCACCAGACCUGUCAAACCUCCUCAUCAAUUCAGAGACAACAAAUCAAAGAGUGAACGUAAAUCGGGCGAAGAGUUUCGCGGAACUAUGUAUUUCCCGAAACCUCCCAAACAGUUUACAAUAGAUGAGACCGAUGAACCCGAUGACCAAAAUUUGCAAAUUGAAACCAAAGAAUUACCAAAUGGUGUAAGAAAUUUAUGUAAUAAUAAAAUAACAAAUACACAAAAAAAUAACCCAAAGAUUGGUGAAGAUAUUGGUAUAAAUGAGAGUAAAUAUACACUUCUCGAGCUUUUAAAGUCAAAUAAAUGUCUUAUUUGUGGCAAAUUAAAGUGUGGCUGUUGUGAUGACUCCGAUACUCUGCCAUCAUUAAGAAGAGUGUCACAAAUUGGUUCAGAUCUCGUGUCGUUUGUUAAGGCAAAAGAAGAUUUUCGACAACAAAUAUCUUCGAAGACCAACGGAUGGCUUAUUUAUAGCGAUUUUCCGAGUCUGGCCUCUCGUAUACCUUAUUUUCAAUGCGAUUCUGACUUUCGUUCAUUUAGUUCACAGAAGGACGGUCUCCAUCUGAUAAUAUGUGUUCAUGGAUUGGACGGCAAUAGUGCGGACCUGCGUUUGGUGAAGACAUAUCUUGAGUUGGGCUCUCCGACCACAAACUUUGAGUUUUUGAUGUCUCAGCGAAAUCAAGGCGAGACCUUUGAUAACUUGGAUUUGUUGACACAACGACUCGUUCAGGAAAUCAAUUAUCACAUUGAAGUAUACGCUCUAAAGCCGUCCAAAAUCAGUUUUAUCGGUCAUUCAUUGGGAAAUAUCAUAAUCCGUUCGGCGUUAACCACUAAACAUGAUUUCAUUGAGCGCUGGAGAGACAAACUCUACACUUUCCUAUCACUCAGUGGACCACAUCUUGGACUUCAAUAUAAUAACAGUGGACUCGUCAAUAUGGGUUUAUGGUUUAUGCAAAAGUGGAAAAAGUCUGGAUCGCUGUUACAGUUGGCGAUGAAGGACUCAAGUGAUCCGCGACAGACAUAUUUGUAUCGCUUGAGUCUCGAACCGGGUUUAGAGUACUUCAAGAAUAUUCUGUUGUGCGGCUCAUCACAGGACCACUACGUGCCCAUACAUUCAGCACAUAUUGAACUGUGCAACGCAUCACUCAAUGAUACCUCUCCUAAUGGUAUAGCGUAUCGAGAAAUGGUUAGCAAUUUAUUGCAUCCAUUAAUGAGUAAAUCUAGUAUUAAAUUAAUACGUUAUGACGUCCAUCACUCUCUGACCAGUAAUGCAAACGCACUGAUAGGACGUGCGGCACAUAUUGCUGUUUUGGACUCAGAGUUAUUCAUUGAAAAGUUUAUGGUUGUCACUGGACUCAAAUAUUUUAUCUAA